UGUGGAUUUUUCCUUCGGGUGUUCAUGUUCAGCAGCCAGCCGAUAUGGAAAGCCCUGUUGCAAACUCCAAGAAACUGCAGACUCGUUGGUUCCUUAAGAGAAGCGAGCGUCUUUCAGAACGGCUCUUCUGUUGUUCAUUUUCAUGUCUGCAAGGUGAGGAGGAGGAUCUGUUGCAUGAACAGGAGGAGAAGAUAAAUGGAGGCCCUCGGCAUCUACAUGUGGGUCAACAGGGAUCAUGUGAUAAGGACACUAUCCAUAUUACAGUGGAGGAUUUAGGGAUAGUUAAUAGCAGUUUCAUCCUGUUUGAGGAGGACCCCGUGACCCAGAGAAACAACUUGGGCCGCUCGGCUAGCUCUGUGUCGGCCUGUCUGAGAGCUCUAAAGAAGAAACGGCUGCAGCGUCUGUCCUCUCUGCCUCUUCAGCCUCGAGCUAGGCAAGCUAACCCUUCUACAAGUGGGGAAGAUGACGAGGAUGAGGAUGACACCUUUCUGUUUGGAAGUGGCAACAACAGCACCCCUGCUUCUGGGAGCCUCUUGGCACACCCUGUGAUCAAUUUGAUUCCACCCACUCCAUCGGAUGUUAUUGAUGAUGAUCAGUUCUUUGACAUAAAUUCCGAAGAGAGCAUGGUUUAUAGUCCAGAGAGUGAUGGCCACGGCUUUGCUCUUGGUGAUGAGAAGACAAUGGAGAAUGUGGAGAUGGAGGAGGCAAAGUUGGGAUUGAUAAUGACUGAGAAUCAGGUUUGUGUUGAUCGAACAACAGAUUGUGAGGAGGAGAAAAGUGAUCAUUUAACAGAGGAAAGGGAGACACUGUCAAACAAAGAUGGGGAUGACGAAAAACCAAAGGCCAUAUUUUCUCGAAGUGUUUACCAGGUGGCUCCACUUCAUGUGCUGCCCCAAAAACACAACUUCAACAGUGGAAUAAAACUUUUGCCCUUCACUGAGCUCAACUUGGACGACUUGACCAACAGUGAUGUCAGCUGCUCUGACAUGCUGAAGACUGGCUUUGGCCUGCCUCCUAAAGCUUCCACAAUGGACACAUGGACUCAUCAGAGGAGACCAAUCACUCGCUCCUGCAGUUUGGGCGAUACACCAACCUGUAGCGCCACUUUCCACGCUUUAACCAAGACCUCAGACCAGCAGCAGCAAGGGAAGGGGUCGCCACGACAACGGCGUGUAACUGUUGCGUCGUGUGCUCCCCAGUCCAAGGACCAGAAUGGAAACUUCCCUGAGAAGAAUGCGGACAGGCACCAGGCCAAAUCACUCAGGGAGCUCAACACAAAUGAGAUCUGCCAGUGGUUCACCAGCAUUGGACUGCACAAAUGUCUCCCUUUCAUCCAAGAGGCGCAUUUGUGUGGAGCAGACAUUGCAUCAAUAGAUGUGAACAUUCUGGACGUACUGCGCAUCGACACACUAGAAGACAAGGAGAAGCUACUCUCUGCAAUUUAUAAUGAGCUGCACCCUCCCAGUACUUUUGGAUCCCUCGGGAAUAAUUAUGUCGAGACUUUCAUGCCAAUGAUCAAAUCUAAGUCUUCACCUCAUGUAAGCUGUCUUGGCAUGAACCGACGAUCCCUCAAGCUCAGACACAACAACCAGAACUACAUGACACAGCGGAAUUCCCACUUAAUAGAGGUCACAAUUAAUGCCUCAGAACGGAUAGUUCACCUCAGAACCACAAAAGAAACAACAAUGGCCAAAAUAAUGGAAUCGUGUCUCAGAAUGCUGGGAAUGACAGAAGACAGAAACCUUUUCUCAAUGAAAGAGCAGAAAGAUUCCACAGCUGAGCUCUCCCAGGAUCAACAUAUCGGGAGCCUGCUGACAUCCUCAUCUGAGAGGGAACUGGAGCUGCAUUUGUGUAGAAAGAACAUGAGCACCGCUUCCCAAAACAGUCCAGAGGUAAACAGCUCCAAUGGAAUCCAAAAAGAGGAGAGGAUCAGGGAGCUGAACCUGCAGGUGGACUCCCUCCAAAAUGUCAUCCUGCAGGUGCAGGAGCUUCACCUUGGGCUGGUAGCGUUCUGCUCAGAACUGAAGAACUCGGAUGGAGAUGUGAAUUUAGAAAUGCUUGGCUCAGCUGAGCUGGAGCAGAAACUGGAAAUGCUCCAAAGACGGCUAAGUGACAAGAAGCAAAGUCUUCAGACCCUCCGAGAUCACAUCAAUAACUCUGCUGUUCACAGGAAGAAACAGCUAGAUGUUCGUCUUCUGGAGAAGAUGCAGCUGAACUGUCAAGUGUUUAAGGAAGAAAUCUCUAUGGUGCAUCUCAACCGACAGGUGGCUCACCUUCAAAAUGUUCUGCAGGAAAGCUACAUUAAGGAGAAAGACCAGCGAAAGAACAUGGCCAUCAGUAGCCUGAGCCAGCUGGUGUCUCCACAGUCUCCUGCCAUGCUAUUGGUGAUCCAGGAGAGCCGUGGUCCGGACGGCUGCUAUGGCUUUACGUGUCGCUACACUGAAGGCAGUGGCUUAGUGGUGGUCAGGGUGGACAGCUCACAACUAUGUGUGGAUGACAGGCUUGUGGAAGUGAAUGGGGCACCAGUGGUCAACUUCACUGAAGAAGAACUGAGUGACCUUCUGCUCAAGCUCCCCCGCGCCCAGAUUAUUGUGCUCCGUCAGCCGACUCCGGCCCUCACCUCCCACCACCCCCCUCUGAUCCUGCAGCACAUGGUUAACCCUAAUCCCCUGCGAGCAGAGGAUGUGAUCACCAUGGAAACCCCAUCACUGCGCAGGGUAAUGGCUAUCUGACAAGGGGGGUGACAGGGAACAACCCAGAGGGACUGAGAAGGAGAAAGAAGAUGGUGGUUAAUUACUAGCAUUUUCUUCCUGUAGUGGUCAAUUUUCUGUUAUGUGAUUGGUUACAGCUACUAUGUCUUAUGAUCAUGUAUUGAUGUAUUUGUAGAGCUGUAAAAAAAACAACAACAACUGUAAAAGCCAACGCUGUCACUAGCAGACAGCACACCUCAGUUCUGAUGUACAGCAUGUAGAAGCCUUGACGUACUCAAACCAACAUACAUUCACUGUUCCAUUUGAAUCGCUUGUUAUUUUACAAAUUUAUGACACAGGAGAGAGCCGUGAAUUAAGACUAAAGGGAUACAAAUCCUAUACUUCACUAGAUAUGGAAGAGCAUGCUUGUCUAACAUCCAUCAGAGUUGUUCCUGAGGGUGCAACAAUGAAUGCUUGAUCCAACGCUGAGGAACUCCUGGAAAAAAUAGACAGCUGGGAAGUACAACAAAACAUGCAAUCUACUGUAGUUACACGCAUGCCUGAAAGCUUUGCAACCUGCAUUGUCUUUGCAGAACACACACAUGCAGCUAGCGUUCUCUGAGUUGAGUCACGUUUGGCCUUUUUUGUGUUGUAAUACAAACCAGCGGGCUGUGGGAAUAAACCCUUGGCCGCAGAAAUGCCUCAUUUCAGGCUCGUUCUCCCUCGUUAAGAGCCAGUGGAUUGUGCAAACUCAACGGUACAAACAGUACCAGGCUGCUGGGGGUCCAAAGAAACCACUUUUGCUCAUCAGUUGAUGAGAAAGGUCACGGGUUGAUCAUCAGUGUUUUUAAUGAUUCGACAAUCAGUAGAAAUUAUUUGCAAUCCCAAGGAGACAUGAUGGUUGCCAAAUAAAUUCACAAGAGGGGGAGGAAUAUGAAUCUGGGGCAAUUGGAGCUACUCUGGCACAGACAUGGGAAAAUAAAGUUGACAAAGCCACAACUUGUAAACUGACGCAGAUGACCAUUAUGUCAUACCUACGGAAGUGUUACAGUUUGGUGAGAAGUUAUCCAAACCCACAACACAAUGCCAUGACAGGAUGUAGGAGAUGUAGAAAGGAAAAAUAAACUGACAAUGAGCGUAAUGCUUAUUGUCAAAAUGACACGCAGCAUGGUUCAUUCUUUAUAAAGACAGAAAUGAGAAAAAUAGAGCAGCACUUGCAGACACACGGGGCAGAGGAGACUAUGUGUCAUGGCUGUCUUUAUGGAAAUAAAUUAACACUGGAGAGAAUGAGACACAAUCCUAUAAACACUGCUGCUGGCAAAUGAAGAAAGCCAUGGUGACAGAACCCAGAAAACACAGUCAGGAUGUAACACUCCUGCUACCAUCCACUGCCUGUUGGCAGGCUUGAGGCUGACAGGGAAAGCGGAGGCUUUGUAAGUCAGGAAGAUGAGCCAUAAGACCUUGUACAGUACAUUAGUCAGAAACAUCUGCAGAACAUUUAAAUGAACAUCAGCCUCCUCUUAUUCUACUGCCAACACGCCUCAGGUUGACCCAAGCUGUACCUAACACGUAGUGGCACUGAGCAACCUGCACUACAUCUGGUUCGCCUUAGCAGCCUCAGGAACAACAUCCAGCACACGUUGAUAAGCUCCGAGUCCGCUGAAGCUGCAUUUUUCUUUUCGCCCCUAUCAGCCGCAGCUUCUCACUCCUCAGACGCCCCCCUCUCUGACCCCUUAUUCCACCCCUCCACCUUCAACUCCCACCCCUUGACAUUUCAGGGUGCUUUGCAUUUGUUUGAUGUGGGAAAGGGGGCAUUAGUUUUGGUUUCCUGCCCAAAUCCCACAAAAACCAAUAAAACGUACACAGGUCUGAUGGGAAGCAAGGGAAUUCCUGUCUACUAAACAUUAGACAAACACUCAGUCUUAUAUACUCUAUUAGAGUAUAUGGGGUCUUAAAGCAGAAGCUGAUGUUACUUCUAAAAAACUGUAGACGUGCACAACUCCACUAAGAGAGAUGUGAGCUGAGAUUCAAACCACCUGACUAACAUAUCACUGCUACUAUUUGGUACCUCAGUUUUUGUCAUUUGUUCCAAAAGGUCAGACGAAAAUGUAAAUCCAUUUAAUCCCUUCCAGACACACAAAAAAAAUUAAAAAAAACUAUUUAAAACACAUUUUAUAGAGAAUAGUUAGUUUUACAUGCAGAAAACAAUGAGAAAUGACUACUAAAAUGGAGAAAUGAACAUUUAAUAUAGUUUUUACCUUUAUUGAAAACAACGAUGAGCGUAUAAAUAGAUGGGGCGGUGACAUCUUUGUACUUUGCAAUGAGUUCUUUCAUGAAUUCAAUAAUGUUUCUCACCUUCUUUAUCAAAUUGCUGUCACUAGCAACUUCCUUUGGCCCCGUGGCGGGUUAUUUAGCAUUGUCACUUAAUAAAAAAUCCACAGAUAAGUAACAAACGCUCUCUUGAUUCUGAUUUUCAGUAUAGGGACCGACCUUGAAAGUGGGGCCUGGCGAUCCUUUGGACUUUUUGGGUUUCAAGCAGGAGGUAUCAGAAAAGUUACCACAGGGAUAACUGGCUUGGGGCGGCCACACGUUCAUAGCGACGUUUUUUGAAGUGUUGGCUUGUUCACCCACUAAUGCGUAGGGUGCUUUGUUUAGGUGCUUGAUUGCACGGAAUUAUACAGUACAGGGCAAGUGGAUUACAGGCAAUAUUGCACAAAAAGUGAGAUAAGAUUUUGGUGAAACUUUUAGGGGAAAAGUGAAUCAUAGUAAAACUGGGGUGUUCCAAGAUUUCACUGUAUACAAUAUAAGAAUAAUAAUGAUA